UUUCCUGAGUAUAAAUACGUGUGUGCAAUCAACGUCAUUGAAGUUUCUACAAAUUCCUUAAGAGCGCGCGGCUGUUUUCCCAUCGUCCAAUCAUUUACUAUUUCAUUCAGUCAUACUCAAUUCAGAGUCAGAGUGAGAGUCAGCAGCAGAUCAGAAUCUUCAGAUGAAAUUGAGAGAUCGUUAUUUUAAAAAAUUCAAAAAUGAACUUAAGAUAAUUUACAAAAACAAAUGACAUAAGUGGUGAUAAAUUACUUUAGACUAUGAAUAAAUGAUUGAGUAAGAGAUGAAGCUCUGAUUUAUAAUGAACUCCAAAGCUCCAGGACCGAGCUCUAAGUCGGAUAAUGAGGGAGAGGAAAGUUUCAAAAGAACUGGAUCUUUUAGGAAAAUUUUACCGGGAACUUCAAGUGGAGAUUCGCAGCUCAAUACUUCUGUUAAAAUGAUUGACCGUCCAAAUGUUGCACAGAACAAUAUGGAUUAUGCUGUUUAUCUUAGGGAAUACAGUAUACUUUCAGAGUAUAAAUUGAUGCAGACACAAGAUUUGAAAGGAAUUUACGUGAUACCUUCUGCUCAAAAUCCUUUUUUGUGGUUCGGAGUAUUAUUUGUACGACAGGGUAUCUAUCAAGGAGGUGUUUUUAGAUUUACAAUAACGUUACCUGAUAUUUUUCCCGAUGGUGACUGUCCAAAAGUUAUAUUUAAAACAAAAGUCUUCCAUCCAUUGAUCCACAACGAGACCGGAGAGUUUAGUACAAGUGCUGGAUUUCCUGAAUGGAAAAAAAGUAACAGAGUAUUUCAUUUAGUGCAAUUUAUAACCAAAGUAUUUAAUAAAGUCGAUCCGAAGUUAAAAGCAAUCAAUGAAGAAGCUUCUAAUUUAUUUGAAAAUAAUAUAGAAGAAUAUCGUACAAAAGCAAAAGAAUCUGUGAAAGAUAGUUUGGAUCACGUUUACGACCCUCCUGAAACGGAAGAUGCCCACUAUCUUAAAUUUAGUCCAUGGGAUCCUGAAAUUCAUGAGCCAAUAAGACAAAAACUAUAUCAAUCAAGACAACAGCAGCCGUUGGAUCCUGAGAAAUCACCAAGAGGUUAUUCUUGGGUGCAACCUGGAUCACUUAAGCCACUGUCUAAAUCUGAAGAGGAUCUCAGAUAAAUUAAACAAUUAGCAAUUAGAAUUUUAUUUAUUGAACUAUGUCGUAGAAUAUCUUUAUACGUCACACGACACUUGCCUUUUAAAAUUGCGUGAAGUAAUAAAUGUAGACUUAUUUUUAUAUAUAUUUAUAAUAUAAAUAAAUAAAAACUUAUUGUUUAUUUUAUACAUAA